UUAUAAAUUGUUGUAACAAAGUCAUUUUGACGCAUCAAACGCGUCUAAUACCUAUCAUGCUUAUUAAAAUAUUAUUAUUAUAUUCGUAAACAUAUCUAAUAUAUACAUAUUAAGUUCUAUUAUAUAUUUAGAUUUGCACUGGUUUCUCUAGAACACUGCUCUGAAGGACUCUGAACCAUUUGAUUAUGCAUAAACAGUGGAAUCCCCCUAUAGAUUAUUCAGUGAGUACCACGUGAUUUUAGGUCACACAAUAUAGAAUUAAAUUAAUGUGUUAUACACUUAAUGUGUUAAUACAUUUAUACACUGACUGACCAUUUCAUUUACUAUACUGUACAUUAUGACUAGAGCCCCAUAAAGAUGGUUAUGGGACACAUAAAUUAAGAUGCCAGUUAAUACAGUUAUACACUGACUGACCAUUUCAUUUACUGUACUGUACAUUAAUGACUAGAGCCCCAUAAAUAUGGUUAUGGGACACAUAAAUUAAUGCCAGUUAAUGCAUGUGCCUCACACUUUUGUCCUGUUUGUGACUUUCCUGGCCCCUCAGUGUCUGCCUACAAGCUCACAUAGUGUCAAUCUACAUGUAUGUUGUUCUACAGUGGCUAAUGAAAUCACAAAUCAAGUCCAGUAAGAGUAUGAAGCCAGAAUUCUACAUUUUGUAAUGAUUUAUUUAAUUACGGCACAUACACGUUUUGGUACAUUACUGUCCUUUAACAAUUGGUUUUAAUGCUAGCUACAUUACAGCACAAUUAACAAUGCAGUCAGUAAAUUGUCCUAUUGGAAUUUCUUGCAGAUAGAGAAGUGUCCAGCACAGCUCAAACAACAGACGUCAAUUUUUGGGGGUCGUCAGAGCUGUGUGUGCGGGUACCACUGUGUAAAGACCACUAGUGAACAUACAUCUACUGUGCCAUGCACAUCAAGACAACCUGUGUGUUCCAGCCCCUCUUUACCCACACUCACAGUUUCCCAGCGACAAAUAUUUAAACCAUCUCGUUUUGGUGGAAAGCAUGUCGCUGCAGCAAAACCAGUGCUUAGUCAGGCCAGGCCUCCAACUAAGGAUCAUGCCACUGACACUACUACAGCUGGCCCACCUGCAUUCACCAGUCCUGCUGUUGCCAGGGCCACAUCCACUGCCCUGCAGCAAUCAUGCAGUCCCAAGACUUACAUCCAGACCACAUCCCCUUUUUCCUUGCCUCCUUCUUUAUCUACCUCUGCAAGGAGGAAGCCAUCCACCUUGUCGAUGUCUUCUGUGUCCACCGUUUCUAGUGAAUCCAUUACCACCAGCUGUGCAUCAGAUGACUGCCCCAGUGUGGAAACCACUCUAUCCAGUCUUCCCUCUGUUGUACCUGCUGUCCCACCUGUCCCUCAGACUCCUUCUCAAUCUCCUGCUCUGUCAUCUUCUGGUUUCAAUGAUUUCUGGUUGCCAGCAGAGAUGAAGAAAAACAUCCCUCUACAAGACCAGAAAUGGAUAGCAUCCACAUUGUGGGGGAAUCAGAGACUUAGAAGUGGCCUGAAGCUAUGGUAUGAGCCACCUACACCAGCUCUGAUUUACCAUCAGGUGCCCACACCAGAUCCCUUCUUCACCCAUCGUCUUCUUGUGUGGAUGCCAUACCACCUGUGGAAGGUCAGGUUGCAGUGCCCAGACUGCGGCAAGCAGCUGACUGGUUGCGGAAUCCAUAAAAGAGUGCGACAUGUCUUGGACAUUGACAGAUAUUACCUGAUGGUGACCGAGACUCUCCGUUGCAAUUUUUGUAAAGUCACCCAUCUGUCAACAAGCAAGACCGUCCUGGACCAACUGGAUGUCCCUCACCGGUCAGAGUUCCGAAUCAUCCUCACACGAAAGUAUGCUUGUGAUAUUAGGGUCAUCCGUCUGAUGAGAGAGAGGACAUUGGGGAACAGCUCCAAUCGUCUCCUAAAGCAGCUAAAAGAAAAUCACAGUGAGGAGUGGUUGAUUCGCCUUGCCAGAUAUUUUGGGGAGUGUGAAUCUUUUGUAGCGCAUCCCAGCCUUUUUCCUGUGGUUUUUCAAGAGCCCCCAGAGCCGAUUGCUGUCCCCACAGAAAGAUGGCUUCUUACAGUCUACGGAAAGGACAUAAUGAGUCGAGUCGACCACAUCAAGGCUUCCAUUACGUCCAUUUUUGGAUCCAUCUUAAAAAUGGACUCCACUAAAAAGGUAUUAGAUCAUUACUGUGUAACAUUUAGAUAAAAUUCCACUCAGGGUUUUUGUGUGUGAAAUGCUCUGUUCUAAAGAAAUGUGUGGAGUCAGAAUUGUUCUUGGCUUUGCUGUUUGAAAUUUUAUUUGCUUCUAAAAUUACCUCUAUUUUAUGAUCAACACACAAAACACUUGUAGGUUUACUGGUGGUUUUGAAUAGCAAAUGAAAUGGCUUUAUUUGCACUGCAGAUAUAACCUCUCCUUUCUAUCACCAUAUGUUAAAUCAGUGAGAUUCAGUAGGUUUCUCUACUAAUUAACAAUUCCCAUUUAACAAUGGCUGAUUAUUGAUGCAAUGCAAUCUUAUGUCCUAUUGUUUUGUUAGAUCACAAGGAAGCUUGCUGGUCCAGCCAAGGGGACAGCACAGUGGAUGACCUCUGUCAGCAACGAGAGAGGUCAAAUUCUCAUCAGUGUGCUCACUGCGCAAGAGGGGCCAGGAUUGGAUGCAAUGGUCAAAGGUCUCAUCAAGAGAUACUCCCAGGCAGCCAUGGUGCCACCAAAGCUCUUGUAUGUGGACUCUGGCUGCUGCAAGGACACAGGUGGGCAGACUAAACUGGAGGAGAGGUUUAGCGGUUGGCCAGACCUCACUGUCAGACUGGACAUCUACCAUUUUAUGAGGCGCCUGGCUGUCGGUUGUACCACUGACGCUCAUCCUCUGUACCCCACGUUCAUGGCCCGACUGUCCUCGUGCAUUUUUGAAUGGGACCCAAAUGAUGUUGCCUUGCUGCGCUUGGCAAAGAGGAAACAGCUUAAAAAAGAGGGUGUUCCUGGGGUGACCAGUGCAAUGGUGGACAGGAACAUCACAAAAGAUGAGCUGGCCCAGUACUGCAGACGAAGGACACGGGGUGAGGAGACCACAAUCCUCCUCAUUCAAACACUCCUGCAGGAGCUGAUGGGAGAGAAGGGCAGAGACCAAAUGGGUGUCCCUUUGUUGGACAAUGUCAGAAUGGAGCACAUAUGGCGUGUGCAGCAGAGGCAUGUAAAGUGCAUUCAGGAUGUACCA